UAGGGAAGGCAUCCACAGCUACUCUUCUCAACACUUCACCACUUGAGACAGCAGCCAAACUCUCUUCUGCAAUAGCAAGGACAUUUUCAUCUCCACAUGAAACCACUUCAGCUUUUGAUGUUGCCUUUUCAACUAAAAGUGAAGCAGCCACACCACUGCUAACCACUCUGACCAAUGCAGAAACAUCCAUAGCUCCUAAUAGCGAGGCACCCAAAUCUACUCUUAUGACUGCUUCACCAUUUGAAACUAUACCUGAGGUCACCUCUACCUCUGCAGGAAUAGCCAAAGCUUCUCCUGAGACCACUUCUUCCUUUGGGACAACAGCUAUAGGAUCCUUCAGCACAAUAGGGGGAUAUACAUUUCCUCCUAAGCCCACUUCCCCAUUGCAGUCAACACCUGCUGCCUCUUUGAGAACACCAGGUACGUUCUCCACCACUCCUGUGACCACUUCACCUUUAAAGACCACUGUGGCCACUUCUACUCUAACAGAGACAACCACUGCUUCCCUUCCAACCACUUCAGCAUUUAAGAUGACAACUGUCUUCCCACCUACACUAAAGGAGGCUUCGACAUCUACUCUUCUGAAUACUUCACUACUUAGGACAGGAACAGGGAACACCUCACCCAGUACUGCCCAAGAGACCACCACACCACUUGAGGAAAGAGUUAAAUUCACAUCUGUGGUGAGAGAGCCACCCACAUCUCCACCAACCAAUACCCCAACAUUUGAGAUGACACCUUUAGUCACUAUGAGCACACCAGACACAUCCUCAGCUACUCUUGUGACCACUACACUUUUUGAAACAAGCCCCCAAACCAUCUCCCGCACAGCAGGGACAUCCUCAGCUGCUUCUAGGCCCACGUCCCCAUUUGAUACAACUGCUGCCACUGCUUCUAGCAUGUCAGGGAUGUCCUCAGUUGUGCCUCCGACCAGUUCACCAUUGCAGACCUCUGCAGCCACUUCUACAGUAACACAGACAUCCAUAGCUUCCCUUGCAACCACGUUACCACUUGAAAUACCAACUGCCCUCCCUCCUCCUGUAAGGGAGACAUCGACCUCUGCUCUUUUGAACACUUCACCAUUUGAGUCAGCUAGCGAAAUCCCUUCUACACUAGCAGGGAUGUCCACAUCUCUGCUUAAAUCCACAUCAGCAUUUGAGACACCUGCUACCACUUUGAUGAAAACAGAAACAGCCACGCCACCUCCAGCUACAUUGGCCAACACAGAGGUACCCUCUGCUUCUCCAGAAAAUACUUCUUCUUGGGCAACAAAACCCACUUCCAUCCUUACUACAAUGGGCACAUCUGUAGCUGUGCCUGAGAGCACUUCACAAGUUGCAAUCACAUCUGCUGUCACCUCUCCUAAGUAUGAGACACCUAAAGCUGCUCUUGUGACUACUUUACCAUUUGAGACAAGAGCUGAGGCCACCUCCAGCACUGCAGGCACGACCAAAAAUGCUCCUAACAUCUCUACACCCUUUGAGACAACCACUGCAGGAACCUCCAGCACAGCAGAGACCUCCGUAACUGCUUCUAUGCCUAAUCCUCCAUUUGAAUCAACUUCUGCCACCACUUCCAGCACUUCUGGGACCUCCUCAGCUGCUCCUCCAACCAGUUCACCACUGGAGAACGCUGCAGCCACUUCUGCUCUAACCGGGACAUCCAUAGAGUCCCUUGCAAACAGCUCACCAUUUGCAACAGUGACUCCCAACCCUCCUCCUGUCAGGGAGACAUCAACAGCUGCUCUUCUGAACACUUCACCAUUUGGGACAGCAACUGAACUUCUCUCUACAAUAGCAGGGGCACCGUCAUCUGCACUUAAAACCACUUCAGCUGUUGAAGUAUCUGCUGCCACUUCAUUCAAAACAGAAACAGCUGCACCACCUCUAGCUACUUCCACCAGGGCAGAGACAUCCACAGCUCCUCCAGAAACUACUUCUCCAUUGACAAGGGCUACAGCCACUCUAACUACAGCAGGCACGUCAGGGUCUGUGCAUGAGACCACCUCAGAAGUUGAGUUUACGGCCACUUUUACUUCUCCUAUGAGUGAGGCAUCCAAAGCUGUUCUUGUGACUACUUCACCCUUUGAAACAAGAGCUGAGGCCACCUCUGCAGGCAUGACCAAGACAGCUCUGGACACCACAACAUCCUAUGAGAUAAUGGGUACAGGAACCCCUAGCACAACAGAGACAUCCACAACUGCUACUAUGCCCAUUUCUCCAUUGCAGUCAACUGCUGGAGCAACUACCAGCGCAGCAGGCUACUCUAGGGCUACUCUUGGAACCACUUUACCACCAGAGACCACUGCUGCCACUUCUACAGUGGCAGACACAACCACAGCGAUCCUUGCAGCCACCUCGCCAUUUGAAGCAACAACUCCGAUCCCUCCUCCUCUAAAGGAGACAUCAACAGCUGCCCUUCUGAGCACUUCACCAGCUGGGACCAGACCUGAGGCCAUCUCCCGCACAGAAGGGAAAGCCAGUACUGCCCCACAGGCCACAUCACCACUUGAGGAAAGACCUGAACUCACUUCUGUGACAAGAGAGCCAUCCACAUCUCCACGUCUCCACACCCCAGCUCUUGGCACAACUCCUGCAGCCACUGCAAGCCCGCCGGAGACCGCCUCAGCUGCUCUUGUGACCACUUCUCCUUUUGGAACAAGUCCGCAGCCCGCCUUACCCCCAGCAGAGACAUCCACUACUGCACAAGAGAUCACUUCACCAUCUGAGACUCCAGCUGUGGCAACCUCGAGCACAGCAGGGACAUCCGGAGUUGCUUCGGCUCCCGUUCCCCCAUUUGAAUCAACUCCUGCAGCCUCUUCCAGCACAGCAGGCUCUGCAAUGGCAACUGCUGUGACCACUUUAUCCAUGGCAUCUGCAGUGGCAGAGACAUCCACAGUGUCUCCUACAACCACCCCAGCAUUUCAAAGAAUAUCUACGAUCCGUCCUGAUAUAGGGAAGGCAUCCACAGCUACUCUUCCUAACACUUCAUCAUUUGAGACAGCAACUGAACUCCCUUCUAUAAUACCAGGAACAUCCACAUCUCCCCAUGAAACCACUUCAGCAUUUGAGGGAACUGCUGCCACUUCAACUACAAGACAAACAGCCUCUCCACUGCCGACCACUUUGGCAAAUCCUGAGGCACAAUCAGCUCCUCCAGAAAGCACUUCUCCAUUGUCAACAAAAGCUACCACCACCCUUACUACAGCAGGCACAUCCAGAGCUACACCUGCAACCAUUUUAUCAGUUGACAUUACAUCUGCUGGCACAUCUAAGAGCAAGACACCCAAAGCUGCUCUUAUGACUACUUCACCCUUUGAGACAAGAGCCGAGGUCUCCUCUAGUUCUGCAGGCAUAAGCAAAGCUGCUCUUGAAUCCACUACACUUUUUGAGACAACCACUGCAGCAAUCAUUAGCCAAACGGGGACAUCCAAAGUUGCCUCUAUGCCCAUAUCUACAUUUGAAUCAUCUGAAGACACAGUGAGCACUUCUGCGACUUCCUCAGCUGCCUUUGUGACCAGUUCACCUUUCAAGACAACUGCUGCCACUUCUACCACCAAAGGGACAGCAACAGUGACAGCUUCUCUUGCAACCACUUCACUCUUUCAUCCAAAAACUGCUGUUUCUCCUACCAUAACAGAGGGCUCAACAGCUGCUCUUAUGACUAUCUCACCAUUUAUGACUAGAACUGUAGCCACUUCUAGUAUAUCUGGGACAUUGCAAAGUGCCCUAGAGGCCACGUCGUCACUUGGGAUGACCAUCGCUGAUACCUCGAGGCCAGCAAAGAUAUCCACAACUACUUCUACACCUACUUUACCAUUUCUGUCAACUCCUGUAGGCUCUUCUAGCACAGCAGAGACCUCCUCUACUGGUCCUAAGUCCACUUCAGUCCCUUCUAUAACAAAGUUGUUGGGCUCCUCUGGGUCAACCACGUCAUCCCCUCUGUCCCAUAUCACUGCUGAGAGCAAAAGUACUCUUUCUGCUAUUACAACCACAGAGAUUAAUUUAUCUGCCUCUCCCAGCUUUGGUCCAGUUAAGACUACAGCAUUCAUUUCCACUGCAGCAGCCCCUCUGUCAACCACCCUUCUAACAAACCCUGAGACAACUACUAUGAUGAUCAAAACUGCCAGGUUUAGUACUUCUGCAGCUGCAGAGCUAACCACCUAUUUGGUAAAAAGCAACCAAUCUGAGAUGACAACAGCAUUAAUCACAACUCAAAAUUCAGAGAAAACCAGGACUGAACUUCAUACUAGCAGCCUAUUUGGGACCUCAGCACCAUUGGAUAAUGCUUCAAUAGAUAUGAGGAGCACCAAGACUCCUUUGACCACUGCUCAAUCUGAGACUACAACCACACAACCCAGCACUGCAAAUGUCCCUGAAACUACCACUGCAACCGAGACUACACCGUCCUCUGAAAGACCCACAACUGGGAUUGCAGAGAGACCUCUUACCACCCCCAUAAAGACACUGCUUACAACACCGCCAGUCACAAGUCAACGGGUCACUGAACCCACUAUCAAGCCUGCCACAGCGGUCCCCGUCGACAGACCAGUUAGUGGUGACAACGUCACAACUCAGCAAACCAGCACCCAGCCCACACCGACGUUCAGCAGCUCCACAAGAGCUACAACCAAGUCUCCAUUUGCCCCAGAGUUACCUUCUAAAACGGCACAGGUUCCUACAACAACCAUGCCAGCAACAGCAACCCCUGUGUGGCAGAAGACAACUUCUUCCUUGCCAAUGACCACAUCCAAGCCAACAACUGGGAUUCAAAGCACAACAAAAUAUCUUAUGAUUGAACAAUUCACGGUGAACUUCACCAUAACCAACCUCCAGUACUCCACAGCACUUGGGACUCCCGGUUCCAACACAUUCAAUGCUACGGAGAAAAACCUGGCCCAUUUGCUCAACCCCAUCUUCAGGGAGAGCAGCAUCGGCCCCGCUUACCUGGAAUGCAAAGUGAUGGCUUAUCGACCCGUGAGGGACAGGGGCAACACCGGGGUGGAUGCUGCCUGCACCUACCGAAACGACUCCACCAGGCCCCCAUUUGACAGAGUGUGUGUUUACCAUGAAGUGCGCAACAGGACAAAUGGCGUCACCCAGCUGGGCCCCUACACCCUGGACAAGGGCAGCCUCUACAUCAAUGGCUAUAACGAAGCACCAGCUCUGCCAACUACACUGCCAACUACAACGUUGGCUGCAGCGGUCGAACACUUCACGGUGAACUUCACCAUAACCAACCUCCGGUACACUUCAACGCUCGGGACUCCCCAUUCCCAAAAAUUCAAUGCUACGGAAAUAAUCCUGACCCAUUUGCUUGAUCCCAUCUUCCGGGAGAGCAGCAUCGGCCCCGCUUACAUGGGCUGUCGGGUGACAGCUUACAGACUCGUGAGGGACGGGGCCAACACCGGGGUGGAUGCUGCCUGCACCUACCGAAGCGACUCCACCAGGCCCCCGUUUGACAGAGUGCGUGUUUACCAUGAAGUGCGCAACAGGACAAAUGGCGUCACCCAGCUGGGCCCCUACACCCUGGACAAGGGCAGCCUCUACAUCAAUGGCUAUAACGAAGCACCAGCUCUUCCAACUACGCUGCCUACUACAACGUUGGCUGCAGCGGUCGAACACUUCACGGUGAACUUCACCAUAACCAACCUCCAGUACACCUCAACUCUCGGGACUCCCCAUUCCCAAAAAUUCAAUGCUACGGAAAUAAUCCUGACUCAUUUGCUUGAUCCCAUCUUCCGGGAGAGCAGCAUCGGCCCCGCUUACAUGGGCUGUCGGGUGACAGCUUACAGACUCGUGAGGGACGGGGCCAACACCGGGGUGGAUGCUGCCUGCACCUACCGAAGCGACUCCACCAGGCCCCCGUUUGACAGAGUGCGUGUUUACCAUGAAGUGCGCAACAGGACAAAUGGCGUCACCCAGCUGGGCCCCUACACCCUGGACAAGGGCAGCCUCUACAUCAAUGGCUAUAACGAAGCACCAGCUCUUCCAACUACGCUGCCUACUACAACGUUGGCUGCAGCGGUCGAACACUUCACGGUGAACUUCACCAUAACCAACCUCCAGUACACCUCAACUCUCGGGACUCCCCAUUCCCAAAAAUUCAAUGCUACGGAAAUAAUCCUGACUCAUUUGCUUGAUCCCAUCUUCCGGGAGAGCAGCAUCGGCCCCGCUUACAUGGGCUGUCGGGUGACAGCUUACAGACUCGUGAGGGACGGGGCCAACACCGGGGUGGAUGCUGCCUGCACCUACCGAAGCGACUCCACCAGGCCCCCGUUUGACAGAGUGCGUGUUUACCAUGAAGUGCGCAACAGGACAAAUGGCGUCACCCAGCUGGGCCCCUACACCCUGGACAAGGGCAGCCUCUACAUCAAUGGCUAUAACGAAGCACCAGCUCUUCCAACUACGCUGCCUACUACAACGUUGGCUGCAGCGGUCGAACACUUCACGGUGAACUUCACCAUAACCAACCUCCAGUACACCUCAACUCUCGGGACUCCCCAUUCCCAAAAAUUCAAUGCUACGGAAAUAAUCCUGACUCAUUUGCUUGAUCCCAUCUUCCGGGAGAGCAGCAUCGGCCCCGCUUACAUGGGCUGUCGGGUGACAGCUUACAGACUCGUGAGGGACGGGGCCAACACCGGGGUGGAUGCUGCCUGCACCUACCGAAGCGACUCCACCAGGCCCCCGUUUGACAGAGUGCGUGUUUACCAUGAAGUGCGCAACAGGACAAAUGGCGUCACCCAGCUGGGCCCCUACACCCUGGACAAGGGCAGCCUCUACAUCAAUGGCUAUAACGAAGCACCAGCUCUUCCAACUACGCUGCCUACUACAACGUUGGCUGCAGCGGUCGAACACUUCACGGUGAACUUCACCAUAACCAACCUCCAGUACACCUCAACUCUCGGGACUCCCCAUUCCCAAAAAUUCAAUGCUACGGAAAUAAUCCUGACUCAUUUGCUUGAUCCCAUCUUCCGGGAGAGCAGCAUCGGCCCCGCUUACAUGGGCUGUCGGGUGACAGCUUACAGACUCGUGAGGGACGGGGCCAACACCGGGGUGGAUGCUGCCUGCACCUACCGAAGCGACUCCACCAGGCCCCCGUUUGACAGAGUGCGUGUUUACCAUGAAGUGCGCAACAGGACAAAUGGCGUCACCCAGCUGGGCCCCUACACCCUGGACAAGGGCAGCCUCUACAUCAAUGGCUAUAACGAAGCACCAGCUCUUCCAACUACGCUGCCUACUACAACGUUGGCUGCAGCGGUCGAACACUUCACGGUGAACUUCACCAUAACCAACCUCCGGUACACCUCAACGCUCGGAACUCCCCAUUCCCAAAAAUUCAAUGCUACGGAAAUAAUCCUGACUCAUUUGCUUGAUCCCAUCUUCCGGGAGAGCAGCAUCGGCCCCGCUUACAUGGGCUGUCGGGUGACAGCUUACAGACUCAUGAGAGAUGGGGGCAACACCGGGGUGGAUGCUGCCUGCACCUACCGAAGCGACUCCACCAGGCCCCCGUUUGACAGAGUGCGUGUUUACCAUGAAGUGCGCAACAGGACAAAUGGCGUCACCCAGCUGGGCCCCUACACCCUGGACAAGGGCAGCCUCCACGUCAAUGGCUAUAACGAAGCACCAGCUCUUCCAACUACGCUGCCUACUACAACGUUGGCUGCAGCGGUCGAACACUUCACGGUGAACUUCACCAUAACCAACCUCCAGUACACCUCAACUCUCGGGACUCCCCAUUCCCAAAAAUUCAAUGCUACGGAGAGAAUCCUGACCCAUUUGCUUGAUCCCAUCUUCCGGGAGAGCAGCAUUGGCCCUGCUUACACGAGCUGUCGGGUGAUGGCUUUCAGGCGAGACCUUGAGACUGGGACUAGGAACGAUAUCCACGUAGAUGCUGUCUGCACCUACAGACGUGACUCUACAAGCCUCAAGUUUGACAGAGUGAAGGUUUAUCAGGAGCUGAGCAACAAGACAGAGGGCAUCACCAGAUUAGGUCCUUACAACCUGAACAACACCAGCCUCUAUGUCAAUGGUUAUAAUGAACCACCCGUUGUGUCAACAGUCAGGCCGGCUACAAUUCCAAUUCCUGUAAAAGAUGAACGUUUCACAGUGAACUUCACCAUCACCAAUCUCCUUUACAGUUCAGAAUUUCAAAACCCCAGUUCUAGCAAAUACAAUGCUACUAGAAACACUCUGGCCCACAUGCUUGACCUUCUGCUCAAAAACAGCAGUAUUGGCCCUACCCACACUGGAUGUACAGUAGUAGCAUUAAGAUCCGUGAAGAAUAGCGAUGACACUGGCGUGGAUGCUGUCUGUACCUACAGACACAAUCCCACAGCUUCCCAGUUUGACACAGUAAAGAUUUACCAUGAGCUCAGCAACAUGACAAGAGGCAGCACCAAGCUAGGACCCUACACACUGGAUAACAAUAGCCUCUACGUCAAUGGUUAUAAUGAACUACAUCCUGCACCACCUGUGAACCCAGAUAAAGAAACUCCAUUACCAAGACCAGAACACUCAACAUUAAACUUCACUUUAACCAACCUCCGAUUUACUGUGGAUCUGGGGAAGCUAAGUUCUCCCAAAUUCAGUUCUACGGAAAAAAUAAUGUGCCAUUAUAUUGGCCUUCUACUCCAAAAGAGCAGCAUUGGCACAGACUAUAUUGGAUGCAAAGUAGUGGCUUUCAGGUCAGUGAAGAAUAGGGAUAACACAGGAGUGGAUGCCAUCUUCAGCUACAGAAAUGACCCCACAGCUCCCAGGUUUGACAGAAUGAAGGUUUACCGUGAGCUAAGAAACAUGACAGAUGGCAUCACCAAGUUAGGGUUCUACACCCUGGACCGCAAGAGCCUCUACGUCAAUGGUUACAAUGAACUAUCUACAUCCCCACCUGUCAUACCACCCACUACAAAAAGCCCAACACCAACAACACAGCAGUUCACGUUGAACUUCACCAUAACCAAUCUCCGAUUCACUCCAGAUCUCGGGAGACCUGGUUCUCCCAAAUUCAGUACCACAGAGAAGAUAAUGCGUCAUUUUAUUGAGCCCCUGCUCCAAAACAACAGUACUGGCCCCAACUACCUUGGCUGCAAAGUGGAUGCAUUUCGGCCGGUGAAGAAUAGGGAUAACACUGCUGUGGAUGCCACCUGCAGCUACAGAAAUGACCCCGCAGCUCGUCAGUUUGACAGAGUCAAAGUUUAUCGUAAGCUGAGCAGCAUGACAAAGGACAUCACCAAAUUAGGACACUACUCCUUGGAUAACCGCAGCCUCUAUGUCAAUGGUUACAAUGAAGUGCCUGGAUUAUACCCGAGUCUAACUACCCGACAAAGUCCAAUGGCUGGGCAUUUCACGCUCAACCUCACUUUAACUAAUCUCCGAUACACUGCAGACCUGGGGGUACCAGGCACCCAGAAAUUCAAUUCCACGCAGAGCAUGAUGAAAUAUUAUAUGGACUCUCUGCUCAGAGACAGCAGCAUAGGCCCCAUUUAUACAGGAUGCAAAGUGAUGGCAUUUAGGUCUGUUAGAAACAGCGAUGACACGGGUGUAGAUACCCUCUGCAGCUACAAAAACAACCCUUCGGUUGCCAAGUUCAACAAAGUAGAAAUUUAUCAUGAGCUGAAGAGCAAGACAAAGGGUGUCACCAAGUUAGGAAUCUAUACCCUGGAGAAGAAUAGCCUCUAUGUUGAUGGUUUCCACCUCUCAGAAACAGCUACUAACAACAACCCGAUGCCAGUCGCUGUGGGCUACCAGCUCGGUUUUAAAAUAAUCAACGAAAAGCUAACCAACCCAGACCCAGCUUCUUCAGAAUACCAGAAGCUGCUGAGAGACAUCCAACAGAAGGUUAACAACAUGUACCAUCAGAGCGCUGUCCAAGAUAAAUUCCAGUAUUGCAAUGUCACAGGCCUGAGGAUUGGAUCCGUAGUGGUUGACUGUCAUUGUUUCUUCAAACCGGCACCCAACAUCAGCAACGCGGUUGUCGAAAGAGCAUUUCAAGAUGGAACUAGGAAUGCAACUGCCAACUGGCUGGGAGCCAGCUACCAGCUGCAGGGCAUCUCGGUGGAUGUUUUAGUCACCGACUCAAUAACUGGUUCUUAUAACUUGCCAAGCAAAUAUGAAAAGGAAAAUUUCAAGCUGAACUUCAGCAUCACCAACCUGCCCUACUCACCAGAAAUGAAUGAUCCCAAUUCACUGAGGCAUCAGUCGAACAAGCAGCAGAUUGAAAAAGAGCUUCAGGACAUUUUCAGAAAAAGCACCCUGAAGAACUACUUCAUUGGUUGUACAGUACAAAACUUUAGACUCAUCUCUGGGAAAAGUUACACGGGGGUCGAUUCCACCUGCGUAUUUACACUGGACCCUUACACGAGGGCCUUCAGAAAAGAAGAUGUGUACGAGGAGUUCAAACAGCUGACCCAUGGACUCACCGAGCUAGGAUCUAGCUACAAACUAGACACGAACAGUUUGUUUGUUAACAAUUAUUCUCCUCUCAACACAAUGGCAGGAGACGCUAACAACUCUGAGUUAUCAUACUGGGAGAUAAUCCUCAUCUGCCUUGCCGUACUGAUUGGUUUUAUCCUCCUCCUCUUCCUGGGCUUCUUGAUUGCCUUUUGCCUGCAAAGGAAGGGAAACAUGUACGAGGUCCAACAGGGCAUGUAUGGAAUCUACUUUCCACAUCUGGACUGGAGGAAAAUGCAUUGAGGCAGCACAGAGAUGAACUCCGGGUCAUCAGAAGCAUACUUCUCAAUGAGGGAAGAAAAAAAAUAUAUGUUUACAGCUUCUGGAGCAUUUCUCCCUACUUGUCCCGUAGUAAAUUAUGAGUGGCCUGAGACAACACCUUUCUCUUUUAUCUUAAUGCAGUAGGUCUUUGCACUUCAGCAAUUAUUUUAUACCGUGGACAACUGCCAGCAAUGCAGUUGUAUUAGGAAAAAGACAUUUAUUCAUAUUUUAUGCACUGCGGUACUUCAAGCAAAUAUCUGAAAAAUAAAUAAAUACAACGGUGAAGAACUGUAGGGCAAUGCAGCCCAGAGGGCGGCUCAGUAUUAUGUUUUUUGGAAGGAGCUUAAAAUGAUACUAACUUAUAGUAUUUUAGGAAAUGACUAUCGGACAUGAAUGAAACCAAGAUAAAGCACUUUAAAUGUCACUCCUGGCAUUAAUUAAAAUAUAAAAUUACUUUUCUCAUUUGUUUUAAAAUAUAUACAAAUAUAUAUUUUCAAUUAUAAAGCAAGAAAAAACACAGAAUUAAAGAUGCUUUGAUAACUGUAAUGCUUUGUGGAUUUGUGAAACAGUUGCCCUAUGUCUUUCAAUCUGUGGUAUAGCAUCCAUCCUGAAAUUAAUAAAGAAAUAAAUCGGGGAUCAUUCCAA